ACGUGACGAGGAGUCCGCCUCAGGGUUCAUUGUUGCAUUCGACGGGGGAAACUUAGCGAUAGGAAACACAACUGGAUCCAUGGCGCUGGCGGCGCAUGAAUCCGAGCGACAGCUUGUUCCGGUCGAAGAUGUCAAUGCGACUGACGCAUAUGGCUACACAAUGCUGCUGUUCGCCGCACGAGAUGGCGAUUUAAGAAGGUGCGCUUCCUGCUCGAGAAUAACGCGUCGGUGCACAUUCGCAACGGCUACGGGGCCACUACGCUCCAUUUAGCUGCAUCGUGGGGACACAGCGAGAUCGCUCGAUUGCUCUUGGAGCGCGGGGCGUCGGUGAAUACAGUAGACGACUCUGGCAAGACGCCACUCAUGAGAGCAUCUGCAAAUGGAGAGAAGAAGAUUGUGCGUUUGUUCCUCAAGCACGACGCCAACACGACAAUCCGAGAUGCCUUCGGGUGGAAUGCUGAACGUCUCGCGGCAAGUGCAGGACACAGCAAAAUCUUUGUAACACUUCAAAAACAUAAGUGUCGGCGGUCAGCGUCGCCCAAAGAGUCUUGGGCCAAAACUCUUGGGCCAAGAGUCCCAGCGGUCUUGCGGCGUUUUUUCAGCGCUCUGUCUGCACUCGCAGACCAGCGUGAAAGACGCCAAGCCCCAAUUGGACGUCGGCACCCCAUUCCUGUGGA